AGCCGAGUCGAUUUGAACGCGAGCCUCCCCUUUCGUCAAACCCUUCCCUCACCAAUAUGCCAACUUCCCCUCCACCGUUUCGCACUAGAUCCCCACCUUCCUAGUCAUGGCCCCUUAUCUAGAUUUUACUUCUACGUAAUCCUCCUUUCUUCCUGCUUACCUAUUUACCGACCUAUCUAGAGUUAUCUUCUAUUUUUUAUGUAGUUUGUAUAUGCACCUGCGUGCAUAUACAAGUUUUUAUCCAAAUUUCUUGUGGUUUCUGUGAAUAAACUGGUCAAAAAGAAUUUUAUCUCAUCCUGUAUAUGUGCAUACGCAUUAUUAGAUCUAUCAAAUAGCAUUGUUCGCUUUAAUAUCUGACCAUAAUUUAUCUUUAAUCUAAAAAUAAUUCUAACGCAAGACGUGUAAGAAGCAGGGAAAACUCUUUGGUAGUUUUUUAAUUUCAUAUUUUACCGCUCGCGCAUAAUACCUUGCACACAACGAAUAGAAAUAAAUGGACAAUUCUGGAAACUUUAAUUCGCAAGAGGCAUUGAACGCAAUUGCUCCAGAAUUACGGGAACCAUCUAGGUUCAAUUUAUAAAAAUGCGACGAUAAAACCUAUAUACAUAAGAAUGGUGCAAUUAAAGCAUGCCGAUAAAUUUCAAACUAUUCGAUCGAAUUGAAUCGUACAAGUUCGUAGUUAAAUAUUAGUGGUUGGUAAAACGAGCGAAGAAAAUAACAGGAAAAAAGGAAAUAAGGUUUGUGUGGGAUAAAAGAUAUUUUUGGGAUAAAUUUGAAGAAAAUUUGGCUGUCUGGUUCAAGCAUGAAGAUAAAUGCUCGAUUGUUCGUCGUUUGCACAACUAUUUUGGCUCUUUUGAUUCGAACGGAAGCGGACAUCAAGAGAGAAUGCCGCAAACAGUCAAUGGUUUCAUGGGCGUCACUGAAAAAAUUAAAAGCCGGUAAUUUCGAUCAAGAUGCUGAUCCACGAUUGAAGUGUUAUCUAAGAUGCUUUAUGAUGAAAAAUGGUAUUCUCGAUAACAACGAUCAUUGGAUGGACUUGAGUAAAGUGCUUCAACAAUUACCAAGAUUUAUACAACAAUCCUCGUGGGAGAUAUUCCGAAGAUGCAAGUCCCUUCCUGGAGAUGAUUUCUGUGACAAGGCGUUUCAAGUUGCCAAAUGUUAUGUCAAAUUGCAACCAUCUAUUUUAAAUUUUAUUUCUUUAGUCUAAUUGUGGUUUUCAAUUUUGCAUAACGCCUGACAACUUCAAUUCAGAAAUGCAUGUAUAUAUGUAUUUUCAAUAAUAACCAUUUAAGGUACUCUAAUGCAAGAAAAUUGAAGAGGAUUAAAGUUAAAUCCAACGACGAUCACUUGUAAUAAAAAUAUUUCUGAAGGCAUAUAUAGAAACACAACAUAUAAAAUAUAAUUUUUGAAAAUUCUAUCAAAAUAUCUAUCGGAAAUAGAAUAAUCUUUGAAAUAAUUUUUGAAUCAGUGUUGUUCGCCGUAUAAUUAAAUUUCGGUUUCGCUAUAAGAAAUUCAUCUUUAGUUUCUUAAUAUCGUUAAUAACGCGUUAUUAGAUUCACGCGAGAUGCACCACCAUAGUGCCAUUAAGAAUCAUCCCAUUGGAAUGCAAUGUUAGUAUUUAUUUAAUUAUCAA